GCACCAUAGACCAAACUUCGCGAUUCGUGCGCGAACAAUUCCCGCGGUCGCGCUGGUUCACCUCGAUCUGCGUUGCGCAGUCGCCGGCCGGCGCCGCUGACGGCCUCCGCGGCUCCGCCAGCCUCCCACGCGGCAUCCAGCACCGGUGCCGACCCACUCACCCACCUCCUCGCCAGCUUCCCGCCUGACGUGCUCCAGAUCCUAUAAUGGCAACAAGACGCAAUGUUCAUUAUUCACAUCUUCCUAUGGAGGAUAUAGAUGGAGACAAUGCUCGUGAAGAAGCUGAUGAUAACCUACGAUUCACCUACACACCAAAAUCGCACAUGAGAAUUCCAUGGAAGUCAAUUGCCCUAGCACUUUUUCUCUUCCUUAUAGGAAUUUUACUCCUCUCCCUGUCAUAUUUUAUAUUCACAAAUCACAUGGAGGGUGAUGGUUCUCAGGCAUAUGGUCUCUUAUUCCUGGGUGUGCUUGCUUUCCUUCCCGGAUAUUAUGAGACUCGAGUUGCUUAUUAUUCAUGGAGAGGAGCACAAGGGUACACUUUUGCAUCCAUCCCGGAUUAUUAGCUGUAUGUGUUUCGUUGAUUGAGAGCAUGAAGAGGAAGCUAGGCCAAGCACCUGGACAGUUAAUCGAGCAACUGAUGGAGCUACAAAAUUGUCAAGACUCCCAAGAGAUACGUGUAGGCAACAUAACCUCUGAAACGGUGCUGUAUUAUUCUUGAAUAGGUCAAGUUGGCAACAUAGAAAUAAUGUUGUUAAGCAGAAUGCUAGCAACACUUGGUACAUAUGUUUGCCCCUUUCUCUCCUUUUGUUUUUCUUUCCUUUUGGUUACUUGUAUUAGAUAAUGGAUCGGUUGAAUUUUUCAUAGAUAUGCAACCGGAAUUUCGCCGUCAUAUUGAUGCAGUACCUUGUACUUGUAGUGUUGCAUUCUGGAGCUUUUGAAGAUUGAUCUGAUGGCUGUGUGUUCCUUCAAGCACAUUUCCAUGUAGCUUAUCAUAAUUCAUCUCUUUCAUGUUU